UCUCUCUCUCUCUGUGGGUUUUUCAUUAGAAAGCCUAGAGCUUUCUCUCUCUCCAGAAUCCAGAUGGAGAUGGUAUUUAAAGGAAAGAAAACACAGUAAAAGAAGCAGCAAAGUAGAGAGAAUCUGUUGUUGCAUUCUUUAUUUAUGAAGCACUUACUAAAAUGUUGAGAAAUAGUCAUGAGUUCUUGAAGAUUGAGACACAUGUUCUCAAAGUACACAUUAACUGUGAAGGUUGCAAGGAAAAAGUGAGAAAACUCCUCAAAAAAAUUGAAGGUGUAUACACAAUAGACAUAGAUACAGAACACCAGGUAGUGAUAGUGUCAGGCUGUGUGGAUUCUUCUACCCUGAUUAAAAAGUUAGUCAAAUCUGGGAAAAGGGCAGAGCUUUGGUCUCCAACUUCCAAGCACAAAUUGAACCAACAGGUCACCAUGGACCAAAUGCAUUUUCUAGCCAAUGACCUCAAUGCCUCCAAGAACCAGUACAUGUUUCCUGCAUCCUUUGUCAACGAAAUUGAAGAUAUUGGGGGCUUAGAAAACUUUCCUUACCAGAAUGUUGGAAUGAAGGUUGCGGAUGCUGAAACUGAACAGGAUCUAAUGGUAGCAAAAAGAAUGAGAAAUGUAUACAUGGAUGAGGAUAAUUUUGCCCGUAAUAGUGGAUCGGAGAAUGAUAUGACUUCCUUGGGAGAUCAUGCAGAUUAUCAAGAAAAUGGGACUGGUUUUCUCGGAUUAGGAGGCCAAGAAUUUGACGGGACGCCAAGUUAUAAACAUAAUCAUCUACAAUCCCUGAUAACGAGCAAUAUACAGCAAGGCCACCACUAUAACUACCCAUCGAUGCAGAAGAAUUUUAUUUACGUGCAAGAUGGAAAUGCCAAUAAUAAUAUGAUAAAUGAUUUUUACAUGCAUCAGCCUUGUGUGAUGAAUCAUGCAUUGGCAAUGCCCCCACCCUAUACUGGAUAUAAUUUCUCUGCACCACCACACUCCUACUUGUAAUAAGAUUAGACUAGAGGUGGGGUGUUAUAGCACUGGGGAAAGUUAGAUGGUUAUAAAGUUAAACUAGACCGGAAAUGUUAUUUAGUCAUAUAGGUAUUGGUAUGGUAUGAAUAUCUUUUAUGAAACUUAUCUAAUUUACCGAAUUUAGAAGUUCUUUCAA